GGAAAACACUACCAGGCUUCGUGCAACUGGCCCCAGUAGUCCAUAUACAACGAAACUUUAAAAUUUCAAGUAGUAAAUAGGAAAUCAAGUUUUUAUUUGUGGAAACACCGUUUUGGAGGAGAAAAGAGAAGCGGACGUCUUUCUCACACAGAAAUAAUUGUGUUGGCAUCACAUUUUAUAAAUGAAAAAUAUGUCGACAUGUCCUUACAACCAUACAAUUGGCAAGCAGGAAAAGCGACGGUAAACGAUAGAGUAAAGUUCUUAUUCAACAACGAAGUGCUGAGUGAUGUGCAUUUUAUCGUGGGUAAAGGUUUGCAGAGACGUCGAAUUCCUGCUCACAAGUUUGUUUUGUCAAUCGGUAGCGCCGUUUUCGAUGCGAUGUUCAAUGGUGGUAUAGCGAAUCCAAGCGAAGAUGUUGAAUUACCAGACGUGGAAUCAUCAGCUUUCCUCUCUCUUUUGAAAUUCCUGUACACGGACGAGAUCCAAAUAGGCCCAGAGACUGUAAUGACUACGUUAUACGCUGCCAAGAAAUAUGCAGUACCCAUCGUUGAAGAUUCUUGUGUGGACUUUCUUGAGAAAAAUCUACGACCCGACAAUGCUUUUAUGCUACUUACUCAAGCACGCCUCUUUGACGAAUCGCAGUUAGCUUUAAGAUGUCUAGAUUGCAUCGACAAAAACACUUACGAAAGUUUCAACGCAGAAGGCUUCACCGAUAUCGAUUACAGUACGUUGCUCAACGUCUUGAAGCGCGAUACUUUAGGUCUGAAAGAAAGCCAGCUCUUCCAGCAUGCCUUGAGAUGGGCAAAACACGAAUGUGAUCGAAAAGAUUUGACGAAAAACUCGGCCAAUCUAAGGUCUGUGCUUUCCGAUGCUUUGUACCAGAUACGUUUUCCUCUAAUGCCAGUUGAAGAUUUUGCAACAGGACCUGCACAGUCGGGCAUUUUGACCGAGAAGGAAGUCGUUAGUUUGUUCCUAUACUUCCACGUGAAUCCUAAGCCAAAAGUCAAUUUCAUUGACAAACCGCGAUGCUGUUUAACGGGGAGGGAGAAAACCGUGCGUCGAUUCUCGAAGGUCGAGAACAGAUGGGGCUACAGUGGUACGAGUGACAGAAUCCGAUUUUCCGUGAACAAACGUAUUUUCGUGGUCGGUCUUGGUCUUUAUGGGGCGAUUCAUGGGCCAAGCGACUACAACGUCAAAAUGCAAAUCAUAGACACCGAAGCAGGCUCUAUGUGUGGGGAAAGCGAGACGGCGUUCAGCUGCGACGGUACACCGAGCAUUUUCCGAGUAAUGUUUAGCGAACCGAUCGAGCUUUCACCAACUACGGUAUACGUUGCCAGUGCAACGCUUAAAGGUGCAGAUUCCUAUUAUGGAAGCAAGGGACAGAGAAAGAUUGUCUGCGAAUCGACCGAUUCGAAAGAAGAAAAUAUUAUCUUUCAUUUUUCCUACGCUACUGGAAAUAACAAUGGUACUUCGGUAGAAGAUGGACAAAUUCCUGAAAUUAUUUUCUACACUUGAUAGAAUUUGCAGCAUUCGAGCCGUAACCAUUGGGACUGCAGGAACACAUGACAAUGUAUGGCGGAAAAGACAAUUAAAAAAAAUUGUUGUUUCGAGUUUUUUUGAUUCUAAAAUUGAAGGACAAACGCUGAAAUUCCAGAACCGGAAAAUGUUAGAGGUUAGGAUUAGAAUUGAUGUUAUGAUCUGGAUCUGUUCUAUAUAGCGCUAUCCACUAAAUAGAAACUUUUUUGAACGUUUUAAAAAACUUAUUAAUAAAGAGAAAAAUAUGAGAUUUGAACCGAGCAAUCACUGAAAGAAAAUAUUACUUCUAAGAUUA